CGUGCUGGAGGAGGGAGAUCUGUGCAGGUCUGUAGGUCGUGCUUUCAUAAACUAACAAACACAACAUAAAAAUGCAGAAACAAUGUUGCCUACUGAGAACACCGAGUUCCAACGAACUCCGGGCGUCGGUAAGCUGUAAUGUUUUGCUGUGCUUACUGGUAAAACGUUAGAAUAAACGAAUUAUAAAGCUGACAGUCUUUCUUUUUUUAAUUUUUGCCAGCUGUAAAUAACAUCGUAACAAUGUUCUUGGUGGUCAGGUUGAUUUGGAAGUGAUUGAAGAAGGCAGUAGCAUAGAGUUUCGCAUGAGAAGUCAGAAAUGAUUGGUCCAUCCUGUGGGGAAAAAAAAAAAAGAAAAAAAGAACGCACAUUUGCGUAAAGCAAAAGCUGCAUUUAACGACCCCCACUACUCACUGCCCUAAGCCAUUUGUCAUGUAUGUACAUCGUGUAGAGUUGGAGAAGAUCAUCACCACCAUAUUUUGCAUGCAGAGAGCGUGCUGUGGUGCUACCACAGAGUGCUACCAUUUCACAACACGCUUUUUAAAAGCAGUGACUGCGUAUGCCCCGACCUAAAAAGAAACUCGGCGCCAAACAGCCUCGCUCCCGUGUAAAUUCCAAGAAGACUGCGAGCAAACGGAGCAAGUCCAUUGGCAGUGUGAGCUGGGCUAUUCAAUGUCUCCUUGGCUUCCUGUGGAAACCAGUUCUCUUCCUGAUGGCAACAUGCACUGCAGUAGCUGCUGGCCUUGGCAAGUUCUGCAGACAGCAAACAAAUGAAAUGCCUGCUUCUGUUCAUUCAUCAUGCAGCCUACCAGAUGGCAUACCAGAAAAGGAACAUGGAAUGCUGGGAGCGGUGACUGCUAUACCACUGAAUCUGUACAAGCAUGUCAAAGACUUGUUGGCAGGCUCACAUCCCGACAGCUGUAAUGGCACCAGUCAGCUACUACUGAGUUACUCUGAACAAUCUGCAUCGUCUGGAACAGCAAGUCCAACAUCUGAUGAUAUCUUGCUUCCCCAGCUGUCAACAUCCUUUGACAAAAAGCUGGUUGUCAAUGGUAAAGAGGCACUUCUGAAAAAAACACCGGCUGAGGAUGUCAUAGAAUGUCAAAAUGCAAGCUUCCUAUCCAAGCAACCCAGAAGACCAACCAAAAGCAAGGGAAUGAUUGUGAACAAGGAAAAGAAAGCUACUUCUACUCAAAAGACGCAGCCAUCGUUAGCAAAACCCAAGCUAAAUAAAGCACACCUAAAUGACAACACAAAAGUGAGACGUGGCUCUAAUGCAUCUCAUGAAGAGACUGCAACUAAACAAAAAAACACCAUCAGCAAAGCCCCAUUAGCAAGUCCAGCUGGGAAACCAAAGCCUAAUGUUCCUAAAGAAACCAGUGCCAAGUCAGGCUUGUGGCAGCCACGAGAGUUGGUCAGAGACACAAGCAAACAGGAAAUACAUAGAAAAAAUCAGAAGAAAAGCCGUACAAAAGAGAUGCCAACAGGGUCGCUGAAACCCCAGUCUGAUCCAAGUAUGAAGUAUCCUGCAGGCCUUAUGGAAAAGACAGCACUACCUAACAUGCCAUCGUCACAGGCAGCUCCACUAAACAUCCCUGAAAUGCAGAACACAAGCAACAAGCAACCAUUAGGCACUGCUACAGAGCAAAGCAACACCCCUUCACAUAAACUAUCAUAUAAACCACAAUUGAAACCUGAAUCAAGGAAAAAGCAAACUGUAAGCCCUAAAGUGAAGUCAGGCCUACCUGAAAACUCGUCUGCACAAGCAGGUCCACUAAAAGUACCUGCACCACAAACUACAAUCAACAAGCAGCACUCGCACACUGGUGCUAGCUUCAGUGAAGUGCCAAACAUUUCCUCACACAGGCAUAUAGAUAAACCGCAACCCAAAUCCAAGGCAGGUACAGAGCACACUGUAGGUCUUAAAAAACAGACUCGAUUACCUAGCAAGCCAUCUUUACAAACAGUCCAACCGAAUGUACCUGCCCCAGAGAGCACAAGUGACAAGCAACCUUUAAAGGUGGCUGCCAGAACCAGCAAGCCACCAAGAAAAUCACAUAGGCCAACAGAUCACCCACAAUCCAAACCUGUGCCAACUAGUAAAAAACACUCUGUAGGCAUUAAACAAAAGGUGAAGCUACCUCAAAAGCCAUCACAGAGAGCUCCAUCAAAAGCACCUGCGCCAAACACUAGCAACGAGCAGCCUUCAGGGACAGCAACCAGCUCUGAUCAGGCAGCAAGUAACAUUACUGCACACAGGCCAAGAAACAGAAUGAAAAAAAUAUCUGAUUCAAGUAGUAAAAAGCAUCCUGUAAACCUUCAAGAAAAAACAGGUUUACGUAACAAACCAUCAUCACAAAGAGCUCCAUCGAAAGCAUCUGCACCAAGAAACACAAGGAACAAGCAACCUUCAAAGACAGCGGCCAAGUCUGAUGACGCACCGAGAAGCAUUCCUUCAGAUAAGCCCAGAAAGAGACCACAGCCAAAAUAUAAGCUAAGUAAAAAGCUCCAUACAGACCGUCAAGAAAAGAGAGGGGGGCUUAAUAAGCCAUCGUCACAGAAGGCUCCAUCAAAAGCACCCACGCCAAAGACAAACAAGCAGCAGCCUUCAAAGACAGCAGCCAUAUCUGAUCACGCAUCAAGCAACAUUCCCUCACACAAGCCACGAAACAUGCCACACCAUACAUGUAAGCCAAGUAGUAAAAGGCAUCCUGUAGACCUUCAAGAAAAGACUGAUUUAAAGAACAAGCCAUCAUUACUAAAAUCACCAAGAGAGUCUUCACCACAAAACACAAGUGACGAGCAGCCGCCAAGCACUGCAGCCAGCUUCGAUGAGGCACCACGAAACAUUCCUUCACCAAAGGUUACAGACAGGCCAGGAAGUGACCACAAGGCUCCAAGCAUUAGCACCACAGUGGACAACUCUGCCAACAGGAAAAAUGGCAUGACGCCAAGAGGACGCCUGCCGACUGUAAAGAGAAGCCUGGGAGAACCAAAGGAAGACAUAAAAUUGGAAAACAUUUCUAGGAAGAAAGCUGCAGAAGAACCCAUCGGUGACAAAGACAAGCAGCAAAAGGACUCUGCAAAAGAAAUGAACCAUCAAGCUGAGUCACCAAGAGACAGCAAAACAGAUGUCACAAAGCCAUCCAUGAUAGCCCUAAAUGUUGCUGGGCACAACUCAAAGUCAGGGUCGCAGAAAAUGAAAGCUCUAGACUCACAGGACGUACCAAGUGGUCAGUGGCCACAAAUGGUUUCUGCAAGAAUUGAGGGUUUUGGACCAGCCGUAAUAAUCAAUGCCCAGAGGAUACAGCCACAGAUGCCACACAAGGCACCACAUAAAAAGAAAUCGCUGCUGGACACAGUCCACAAAAUCAUGGAGGCUUGUGCCAAAAUGGCACGUCUCCUUGAAGCAAGUAGCACCGAUGAAGAUUCGAUACAUAUUGAAGCAGGAGGCUCAAGUCAAAAUUCCGUGCCUGCGAAACCAAGGCUAGGCGACAACGAUAUGAACACAGCCUUUGAAAACUAUGUUGUUAGAAACAAACACCACAAACUGCCAUCUGUAGAUGGAAAAGAGCAAAAUGAAAAAAAACUGAGUCUUAAGAAAGCUCUCAUGUCUGAGGACCAAAUAGAUACCACAGGCGACAUCUCCCGGUCAACUGGAGUGAAAAACACAGCUUCUUUAUUGCAUAAUCUACACAAGCUAACACGCAGAGUUACAGACAAAGGUACUCAGACAAAAAAGAAUAUGUUAACACAAACCAAAGGUGUGUCAACUGACUGCACUAAUCUUUUACCACAACAGGCAGGUCAUGUACCCAACAAUAAAGAACAUAAAAGUCUGCAGAUAGACUUGCCAAAAAAUAAUGUAACUUCUCUUAUCCAACUGCUGGAAGAAAAAGACCAACAAGGCAGUGAUGCAUUGGCCACCCCUAAACAGUGUUCCAAUGCAAAAGGUAGGGCACAGAACAGUGGUGUGAGGAAUGAAAAGAUCACCAAAACUUAUAACAAGCAACCAUCAGUUGUCCAGAAAGAUCAGUCUUUGCCAUUCCAGAAUACUGCAGCAGCUACACCCAUAGAUUGCCCAAAGACACCACCUCCAAUAAAACUUCCAAAUGGUAGCCCACAUGUAAGCUCAGCGGUCACUUUCUUUGAAAAGAAUGCCGAGCAACAGGACCGAAAUGGACCUACUUCUCCUAAACUGCAUUCCAGAUCAAGAGGGGAACGAGACCAAAAACCAGCAACAUACCAUGACGGUAACACAACACAGAAAGCAGAAGCAAUGAAUGUAGUACAACCGUAUGUGCAUACCAGAAAAGCUGCAAAUGCAGAGUCCUCCGAGUUGGCUACACAAUCAGUUACAUCCAACAGCCAACAGUCAGUUCUGCAUCUAGAUGUGCCACGGAAUGUAAGCUCACUUGACCAGUUGCUUGAAGACAAUGCCCAGAAAUGGAACAAAGCUGUCUCUCACAAACUGCCUUCCAAACCUGCAUGCACUGCUUUACAAAAAACCACAAAAGAUGACGACACUAGCAGAAGUGAGGACGUGCAAGCACCUGUCUGCCAGGAAGACCAACCUUGGCCUUGCCAGCGUCGCAAGAUGUUCAGGUGUACCGUUUCCAGACCCAAGAAAACACAUCACACAACUUUCAGGUAG